UUGGUCUGCUCAUGGCCCUCAGGCCUUUUCCCUCCACCUCCUGCUGUCCAAUCUCUCCUCUUUCUGUCCCCCUUUUCUCAUGAAACUGAUGCAUGUGGUAGCGCAUAAGGCUCGUUAGCCUAGCGAAUUGCGCCGUACGUGCCUGGUUUUGUGGCGGCUUUUCUUCGCAUCGACCGCCUCGUAGUCUUCGUCGCGCGUGCUGAUACGCUCGUGUAGUAGGACUGAUUCAGGUCGUUUGAUGCCUUUCCUUCCGUUUUACGAGCAUUAUGAUAUUGGAUAGCUAUCUUCACCGCGCCGACUAUUUAUCAAAGCUAGUCUCACCCUCGUCUUUAUAGUUUUCGAGUUCUUCUCCUCCGUCGCCACCGAUAGCCUCAGGCUACUAGAUCUGACAGCGUGCAUUUAGCAGUGAAAUUAUGAGCAGCGCACCGAACAUGCGUGUCGCAGUAGACUACGACGCGCAAUAGCGGAAUGGGUUUGUCCAUAGCUGAUGCUGCUGCGACACAAGUCGCAGCAGCAGCAGUUUCACGAGCCAGAACAUCAGUAGCAGCAGCGACAGCGGCAAUGACAGCGGCAGGGGACUGUACAUGCCUGAACAAAAAACAGAGACGUACAGAAGGAAGGUUAAUUUGGCCGACGCGGCGGACGAAACAUGUGCCGACGUCAAUUACACCGCACCAACAGCGGCCACGUGUGCACGCGAUUCUUAGUCCUAGACUAGUACUGGCGGCCCUGCUGGUGCUCCUUAUCGCUGUGCUGUUUCCAGACGCCUCGAGUAUACCGAGCGCAGAGGCCAUUCAAUUUUCGGGUGAAAAAUACGCGCCGUGCGGGGUGUCAGGGAACUAUUCCGUCGUGGGUUUCAAAGGAGCGUUCACCCCUCUGCAGCCUCGCGUUCAGCUGUCGGGUUUCGUGACGGUGUAUGACGACUGCUAUCUCGCUCUCUCCUCGCUCACAUUGAAAUCGGCCAACAGCACUCCCUCCCUCUCUCUCUGGGGGGGGAUAGCAGGGGAAGACCCGUUCUCCUACGCCUCCCCUCUCGACCCCGCCCUCUCCUCCCUCACUCCCGCCGCCACCUCUCCCCUCCUCGCCGUCUACAUCGGCUCCCAGGGCCGAACCUGGGACAACAUACACGUGCUCUACCUCGUCUCUGCCACUCCCGCUGGGGACUUAGAGAAAGUCCUGGCUCAGGUGCAGCUGCCGAGGAGGCUUACCCGUGGCGGAGUGAGAGGUACCAGCAGCAGUGGUGGUGGUGGUGGUGGUGGGGUGGGUGUGUUGCCUGGCAGUGCGACGGAAGCGUCUGAGGGGGUACGAAAGCAGGUGUUUCAGUACGCCAAGAAGAACCAGUUGCUGGCGCCACCGCCCCCGGUUAUGCCGCCCCCGCCCCCGCCCAUUCCGCCGCCCCCUCCGCCUGUGGCGUCGCCGGCGCUGGGGUUCGUGAACUGCGUCACUGCGAAGAAGGGCCGACUCAACAUCUACUGGCGCAUGGUGGGCGACCCCAUCAACGGCAUGGCUGUGGAGUUCGGGCUCGAGGGCAAGGUGCCCGACAACAGCUGGAUGGCGUUGGGCCUGUCUGGUAACCAGUCGCACGCUGACAUGCACAGCAGCGACAUCACCGCUGCAGGAAUCAUCACCUCUAGCACCAGCAACGGCAGCAGCAGCGGAAGCGGGAGCAGCAGCAGCAGUGGUGGCAGUAGCAGUAUUGGUAGCAGUAGCAGUAGCAGUGGGGUGGUAGAUGCGUUUGCAACGGAUUUCUACGUCACGGCGUUGGAGGCGUGUGAGCAGAUCGCAGGAGGAUACGUGGGGGUCUGUCCGGACGCUCUUCUCGGCUCCUCCCCCGCCCUCAACAACGUCAAUCUCACCCUCGCCUCGCGCCAGGCGGACGUCUCCUUCAUCCGCUUCCGCCGCUCCCUCGCCCUCUCCACCGACCCCCUCUUUGACCGCCGAUUCGAUAUAAGCCUCCCCUCUGCAGUCCCCAACAAUACGGAUCUUUCCCGCCCCCUGCUGUUCAUUUUCGCUACAGGACCCCUCCACCCUUCCUCCACCCCCUCGCUGCCCCAGCUACUCCCACAUGCCUCCUCCUCGGCGUUCUUUUCUGGAUCGAUUAACAUCACGUUAAACGCUGCUAAAGCGACUAAUUCCUGUGAGCCGCUUUGGAACACGCCGGCGCUGAGCUACCCGGCUCUGCCGCCCGGUUUGGUGCCCUCGCCGCCCGGCGAGCCAUCCAUGUGGGACGACGGGGCGGUGAUUUCUGGCUUAUCUCAGUGCAGCACCACGUUUGAGGGGGAAAAUAGGAAGUUUGCCUCGUGUGAGGCCCUUCCAGGAGGUUUCUUUUUCAUGUGGACGCUUGGGAAAGAAGAGCUAUCUGGUGCGUUUAUCUCCCAGUCUGUGUCCCCACAAGGUUACGCUGCUGUAGGGCUGCUGCUGCCCCCACCCACCCCGCUGCUAGAGGCGCUGUUUACCCCUCCCCCGGCGCCGGCCGGGGGGAAUGGGAGUGGGAGCGUGGAAGGGGGGUAUGUGAAGCCGGAUUCGUUAGUGGGUGCCUCGAUGCUGGUUGCAGUGAGGGCGGAGGACGGAAGCGGGGGAAUGAGAGUGGAGGAGUUUGAGAUCGUGAAGAAAGCGGCAGGCGACAGCAGCAACACCACUCUCACUGGCGCAACAACCACAGGCACCAGCACCACCAGCACCACCAGCACCGGCAGCAGCAGCAACAGUACCAGUCUGGCACCACAGGAGCAAACGGCCAUGGUGCGAGGGGGCAAUCUCUCUCUCAUCUCAUCCAAAGCGGAGCUCCAAGCGGGCUCCCUCACGCUGCUCUUCACCAUCAAACUCCCCCACAGGCAGCGAUCCGGUGCCGUGCUCCUCUGGACCAAGGGCGCCCAGUUCUUCCCUUCGAACGACUCCCUCUCCCCUGAUGGGGUUGUAGCUAUGGCAAGCGCGCCGAUAGACUUUGGCAAUGAGAGUGACGUGGAUCCGAACGCGGCGCAGGUGACAACAGCAGGAGUGGUGUAUUCGGCCCUGAGUGUGGCGGCGUGGGCGUUUCUGCUGCCGGUGGGGGCGGUGUCGGGGCGGUAUGUGCGCAAGCAUAGCCGGUACUGGUUCCCGCUGCACCAGGGGGUUCAGCUGGGCGGGUACUUUCUGACGCUCUCGGCGUUCACGCUGGCCCUGUCGCUGGAGUCGCUGCACAAGUCGGUGGGGUACUGCGUGCUGCUCGCGCUGCUCUCUGUUCUCCUCGUGUUACAGAUUUCAGCAGUGAUGGUUCGUCCCCCCGAGUCCCACCACCUGAGGGACCACUGGCGGCGAUUCCACAAGGUGUGCGGGUGCUCCUCGCUCCUCCUCUCCCUCAUCCUCCUCUUCCUCGGCCUUCAGCUCAUACAAGCCUCCUCGGGCUUCUCUAUUACUGCUGGCGUGUGGCUGGCGCUGCUGGCGUCCUGCUGCCUUACCCUGGAGUGGCUGCUGUGGGCGAAUAGGCUGACUCAGAGUAGGGUUAGGCCGGAGAGAGAGGGGGAGGCGAGUGAGAAGGGGAGUGUGGAGAGUGGGGAGGAGGGGAGUGAGGAGGAGGAGGGGAGUGAGGGGAGUGGAGGGGAGUGGGAGGAUGAGAUUUCAGAUCUGAUGCUGGAAGGGGGGGAAGGGGAGGACGGGGAUGCGGAUAAGGAUGGGGAUGUGGGGAGGGAUUUGGAGAGGGGAGGAGUGGAGGUAGGAGGGUUGGGAGGGUUGGGAGGGUUGGGAGGGGGGGGGGAGGGAGAGGAGGGGAGUAAGCUGAGGGAUUGGGAGAGGCGCAUGCUGGCAGGCCAUGCAGGGUCCCUUCCCAUGGGUGCAGGAGAAUUACCUGGACAUGGAAGAACAGCAGGAUCAGGAGCAGGAGCAACCGCAACUGCAGGAAGAGCCGGGAAAAGAGAGUCUCACUCUCACUCUCACCACUCGCAUCCCUCGCACGCAUCUCACCACCACCACUCGCACCUGUUGCCUGUGGAGCGCACAGACAGCACCACGAGCAGCAGCAGCGGGGUGGGCGGGCUGGGGAAGGGCGGGGAGAGGCAGAGGCGGCGGCAGCAGAGGCAGCAGGAGGAGCUGGCGGAAGCAGUAGCGGCCGCCUGUGCUAGAGCCACCUCUAGGAUGUCGUUCAAUGGACGCUUGCCUCCUGGUACUGCUGGUGGUGCUGCUGGUGGUGCUGCUGGUGGUGCUGCUGGUGGUGCUGCUGGCCGUACUGGUGGUAGUGGUGGUGUUGGUGGUGGUGGUAGCGGUGGUGCAGGUGCGGGUGCUGGUGGGGUGGGACCAGCAAGAGGAGGGGCAGGGGGGCUGCUGUCAGCUGCUGCUGCUGCGGUGGCUGAUGUUGACGGUGACGCUGCUGCUGCUGCUGCUGGCAGUUCCGGUGCUGCUACUAGCGCUGUGAGUAGCGUGCCAAGUGCAGCAGUAGGAGCAGCGGCGGGAGUAGCAGGGGCAGCCAUAGGUGCUGGAGUGGCAGGAGUCGUUGGUGGUUCACUUGCUGCAGCAGACGCAGUGGGAGCAGGCAAGACGCCCUACUCCAUUCUUCAGUAUCCAGGUAAUAAUGCUGGUGGGGUGUCAAAACAUCCUGCUGCUGCCGGUAGUGCAGCAUCAAAGCACACGAAGCAACUGCUGAGGUCGGCUACUCCCACUGCUGCUGCCGCCGCUGCAGCGGCUGCUGCUGCUGUCACCUCUGUCAGCCUAACUGCCUCUGACUCUGCUGGCUCUGCUUCUGCCACAGCGGCUGCUGCUGCUGCUGCGGCUGCUGCUGCGGCUGCUCGUGGAUCCCCUGCCAAAGCAACGCGUUUCUACCAGAACAGCAUACUGACCCCUGCUCCCCCUGGCAGCGCUGCAAUCGCCACUCUUGUCGCCAGUACCAGGAAUCCUGCUGAGGCUGCGGUUGGGCCAAUACUGAGUGUUACAGGGGCAGCAGGAGCGGGUGAAACAAGAGGAGGAGAAGGAACAGGAGGGGUGGGAGGAGGGGACGCAGUGGGAACAGGCGGAGCAGGAGGAGGAUUAGGAGGGGGGGGAGCAGAGGCGGCUGCAUUUUCCUUAGCCACGAGAACCACCUUCAUGAACCCCCUCUUUCACUCGUCAGUCGAAGGAAGCAAAGACGGAGAGGAUAGCAGCAGCAGCAGCGGCAGAAACAGCCCUAGGAGCAGCAGCUUUACGGCACAUGCUGAAGGUUUCUCUAAGACGGGUGAUGGUGGUGGGAAUGUGGAACUGGUUGCUGUGGGCAUACAGGCACAGCAACAAGAGAAGGAGAAGGAGCACCUGCAGCAGAAGCAGCCACAGAAGGAGCAGCAGCAGCCUCAGAAAGGGCAGCAGCAGCCUCAGAAGGGGCAGGAACGGCAGCUGUGGCAGCAGCUGUGGCAGCUGCAGCAAACGGCACAUUUGGAGCCGGGUGAGCAGCAGAAGGAAGCUCAGAAAACGGUGGAAAAGGGCAUAGAGAGAGCGCAUCCGCAGCAGCUGCAGCGCCCUAUGAGAGGCUCGGAAGGCGGUGCUUCGGGCUCAACUCAUGCUGCACCAAGUGUUGUUGCUACUCCCUCUGCGACCGAGCUUGCUCCUGCUGCCUCACCAGCUAUGGGGCUGGCCUCAGCAGCAGCAGCAGCAGCAGCAGCAGCAGCAGCAGCAGCAGCAGCAACAGCAACAGGGAAAGAUGCCGCUGCAGCUGCUGUUGUACCAUCACCUCCCUCCUCCACUAGGACUUCACAUCCAGUCAUCUCACCCCCGUGGCUGCAGUUAGCGUCUCCUCUGUUGCCUACAAACCAGUUGCUACAACCCCUGGUGCUACAGCCCCUGCUGCUACAUACCCUGUUGCUACAGCCGGCGUCGCUGCUCCAGCUGUAGCUAGCCCCGUUGCAGUUGGUCUAGGAAUCAGUGGUACAGCUACAGAAGUAGCUUGCUAUUUCGAGAAGAAAACUGAGGUCGAAGGAGAGGAGGGGAAGGGGAACGAGGGGGCUGACAGUGAGGGGACAGACAGAGCGGAGAGGGGAAGGGAAGCAAGACAUAGGGAGGAGGAAACACCCGGAUGGGAGAAGGAACGGCCUCGGCUGAGAGACGAGUCUACACAGGAGCGAGCAGCAGAGAAGGAAAGGGCUGCAGAGGAAAAGAGAGGUGCCGCGGAGAGAGCAGCAGAGGAGGAGAGGGUGAGGGAGGAGAGAGUGAGAGAGGCAGCGAGCGCAAAGGAGGCCCGCUUGGCAGAAAACAGGCGGAGAUUUGAGUUGAUGGCAGCAGGCUUGGGCGGUGGGAAUGGGGGAGGGGGCGCAGGAGGAGGAGGGAGAGGGGCCCAGCCGAUGAUCAAAAUGGACAAGUAUAACGUGAAGGCCACGGUGGUGCACGCGCCUGACUUUGCGUCGCUCAAGCGGUCGCUGCAACUGCACAAGGCUCUGGCUUCCACUGAGAGCAGGGCUGCUGGCGCUGCUGCUGGCGUCAGUGCCACUGGUGGCUCUUCUACGGGUGGCUCUGCUAGUUCUGCCGCGGGACGGCCAUCUGGCAAUGCUGCUGCUUAUGCUGUGAAUAGUAUGGCUGCUGUGACAGCAGCCUCUAGGGCUGCAGCAUUAGACCCCCUUCGAUUCUUCUCCCUCCAUACGGAUUUGCGGAUUCCAACCCUCCUCCUCGCUCCAACACUCCCCCUCGCUACAACACGCCUCCUCGCUCCAACACCCCUCCGCGCGCCCACUCCCCCUCGUCCCAAUCCGGCUCCCCUAGAACAGCCGGUCUCCCCCCUCUUCCCCCUCCCCUUCCUUUUCGGGUGGAGGGCUAUCCGCCCGCUCACCGUCGCCUGGUAACCGUAACAGUGCCCUUGUGGCGGCUGCAGCUGCUGCUGCAGUUGCUGGGGAGACUGGUGCUGGAAUUGCUUCUGGUACUCAGGUUGAGUCAUCUCAUAACGCCGGUGGUGGAUCAUCAGCAAGAAGAGCCCUCAGCUUCCUGCCGGUCAUUGCAGACACACCUCGCUCUCUCUCCCCCACUCCGCCAGGGGCCAUGCCAAAACAGCUGCUUCCCCACUCACAUCAGCAGCAGCAGCAGCAGCAGCAGGCACUGCUCUACCAGCAGCAAGCAUACAUGGGUAUGCCCUCCUCCCCUACCUCCUCCUCGUCUACCCUCCCUCCCAUUGCAGAGCUCCCGAGCUCAUCCGCACAGGGGCUAUCUGCAGGUGUAUCUGGGGAAGGUUUACCUGCAGGAUUUGCAGUAGUGCAGGGAGUGCUGCUGCAUUGGUUCUCGCCUCUCAACACCUCCCCUCUUCGCCCUCCCUCUGCCCCUCUCCUGGAUCUGCUGCUCUGCCAACGUUGCCACGACGGCCGUUAGAUCUCUCUGUGAAGGCAUCUCAGCCGUCCAUCUCAUCUGCCCCGCGAAGAAUCCUCUCAUCCAGUUUGUUUGCUCCUGAGGGAGCAGGAAGUGGGAGCCAUGGGAGUCAUGGGAAUCAUGGGAGUCAUAAUUGGGGUGCUGGGGGGGUGGGAGCUGGUAGGUUAGGAUCUCCUGUUGCUGCCACUGCUGGAUUUGGCUUAGCGAUCCAACGGUCAGGAUCAAACGAGGGGCUAGCUGUGGAACGUGUAGGGUCUGGUGAUGGUUUAGCAGGACAAGGGUUUGGGUAUUAGAAUGAACGGGAAAAUGACUGGCAAAGGCCGUUCCCAUCUAGAUGGCUAACUGAUGCAUUCGUAUAAUUUAUC